AUGACAUCUCGCCUCGUGAAGCUCGUCGUGAUCGGACUCGUGCUCCUCGGAGGCGCCAGUCUGUCUGUCACGGCCGCAACUCCCCGACUUCUCGUCUUUUAUCUGACGCUUGACUAUUACCACGAGUCGUACGUUCAUGCUCGAUGAUUCAAGGCCCUUGCUCCCAAAUAUAGGGCUGACUACCUCCUGCUCUUCUCGGCACAAUUUUUCCCGGCCUACUGAACCUCUCGGCAACACCAGUAUCCCAACGGCCAUCUCCGCCAUCACCAGCCUUUCCACCUCGAACCCGACCCUAUUCACCCCCACCUUCUCCACAGACCAAAACCUAUUUACCGAGGCCGGGCUGGCCCCUUUUUCUGCCAUCGCCUUCCUCAGCAAUUCCGAAGGACUAGGAACCGGCGAUCCCGAGGUUUUGACGGAUAGAGGGAAAGUCGCGUUCGUGCAAUGGUUACAAGGCGGGGGGAACUUGUUGGCCUUUCAUGCGGGGACGGCAUGCCUUUUCAGGAUGCCCGAGUUUGGAGUGGCGAUCGGUAGUUGGUCAGUUGACAAACGAGCAUGCUCUCUAGAGAUGCUGCGGUAGGGGGAUACUGACAUGACAUUCAUCCAAUGCAGGUUCGACUAUCAUCCCGAUAUUAGUAACGCGGUUGAGUUUCCUCUAACUGCUCCCCCGGAACGAUCCAGAGCUGUCUUCUGAAGAGACUUCUGCUCCCGUCGCCAGACCUUCACAAAACUCGUCUCGCACCCUACAAUCAACAUGCUUCCCAAUCGACUCAACGUAGGUUGAUUAUGAGGUAAUGAGAUAAGGUCAUGGAGCAAAGCUAACCUCGCCGGAUAUCCACAGCUAUACGAAGAAGUCUAUUCUUUCACGACCGACCCGCGCUCCGUCAACGCGACCGUCCUCCUCACUGUCGACAACUCGACCUACUCGGACCCCAAAGCCGGUACACGACCUCACUAUCAAGGCACACCCCACCCGAUCGCUUGGUAUCGAGACACCCCUGUGGAUUUGGAGAAUGGUACGGCUGCGAACGGGAUCAAGACGAUGACGGGGAGGAUGUGGAUGACCAGCUUGGGGCAUGAGAGCUCGACAUGGGAAAGGCAAGAUUUUCAGAGUCAUAUUCUCGAAGGGAUAAGGUGGUCUCUGGCGAAUGUCGCGAGCUCGAAUACGACCACGACCGCGACGGCGGGAUCGAGUACUACGGCGACCUUGACUUCGGCGUCCGCGGGAACAUCAAGCGGCACGAGCUCGACGUCGAGAUCAGUGACGGAGAGUAGUAGGGCUGCGUCUUCUCCUGCAGCUACUACAACAAGAGCUGCCUCGAGUGGUGUGCACACCAGCAUUGAUGGGGUUGGGAUGUUUAUCGCGACGACUAUAUUACUCGUCGGAGCUGGACUGUUAGGGAUGACUGUAUGA